AACAAGGAAGAGGCAGACAGAAGACACCUAUAGUGAGACAAGAGGGAAGCAGAGUAAAAGGCAGAGCAUCUGUAGGUAUCACUAUGGGUUGGCUGGGUAUUUUAAUACUAGUUGCAAUACUUUGUUCGAUGGGUCACUCUGCUCCUACAGCCAGUAAGAGCCCCGUGUCAGUUAUAUUUCCAGGGGAAAUCCGUAGCAACAUGACUAGCGUGGAGGUUGCAGAGUGGUACCUGGUGAAGUUUGGGUAUCUCCCCCUCCAGCAGGGCCCAUCCAACCAUCAUGUUUCCAUUAAAAAAGCUCUCAGCCAAAUGCAACGCAAGCUGGGACUAAAGGUUACGGGCAACCUGGAUGCAGAAACGUUGGAAGCCAUGAAAAGCCCUCGCUGCGGAGUACCCGAUAUUGGCAAUUUCAAUACAUUCGAUGGAGAAUUAAAGUGGGAUCACCAUGAUAUUACAUAUCGUAUCCUGAACUAUUCCCCUGACCUGGACCCUGACGUGAUCGAUGAUGCCUUCGCUCGCGCAUUUAAAGUCUGGAGUGAUGUCACUCCACUGACCUUCACUCGUAUAUACAAUGGGGAACCUGAUAUCAACAUUCUUUUUGGAACUGAGGACCAUGGAGAUCCUUACCCCUUCGAUGGGAAGGAUGGCCUCUUGGCCCAUGCAUAUCCACCAGGUCCUGGAAUGCAAGGAGAUGCUCACUUUGAUGAUGAUGAGUUCUGGACACUUGGUACUGGAACUGUGGUAAAGACUCGAUUUGGGAAUGCUGGAGGGGCCCAGUGCCACUUCCCAUUUGUAUUCGACGGUCAGUCUUACAACUCCUGCACAAGUGAUGGACGCUCUGAUGGGCUGCCUUGGUGUAGUACCACUCCAAAUUUUGAUCAGGAUAAAAAAUAUGGUUUCUGCCCCAGCGAGUUACUCUACACAUAUGGAGGCAACAGUGAUGGAGAGCCUUGUACCUUCCCUUUCAUCUUUGAUGGAGUGUCAUAUGAUGGCUGUACCAAAGAUGGGCGCCAAGAUGGAUACCGAUGGUGCGGCACCACUGCCAACUAUGAUCAAGACCACAAAUAUGGAUUUUGUCCUAACAGAGAUAUAUCUGUGAUUGGUGGAAACUCACAGGGAGAUCCUUGUGUCUUCCCAUUCACAUUCCUGGGGAAGAGAUACAACUCCUGCACUAGUGAGGGGCGCAGUGACAGGAAGUUGUGGUGUGCUACAACCUCCAGCUAUGACCGAGACAAGAAGUGGGGCUUCUGCCCUGAUCAAGGGUACAGUCUUUUUCUGGUGGCAGCCCAUGAGUUUGGACAUGCCCUUGGUCUGGAGCAUAGUGAUGUGAAAGAUGCUCUCAUGUACCCAAUGUAUAGCUAUGUGAAAGAUUUCCAGCUCCAUGAAGAUGAUGUGCGUGGGAUCCAAUAUCUAUAUGGGUCUGGUCCACAUCCCGCUCCACCAAAACCCAGUGACAAGCCAAUACCAACCACCACCACCCCUUCCACCAGGACUCCUACUACCACCCCUUCCACCAGGGCUCCUACUACCACCCCACUGACACCAUCCGUAAACCCUGCCUUAGAUGCUUGUAAAGUGAAAAUGUUUGAUGCCAUUACAGAACUACAAGGAGCUCUGCACUUUUUCAAAGAUGGGCUGUACUGGAGUGUGACCUCCAAAAAUAAGAAUGCUCUACAGUCUCCACGCAAUAUCUCAGACACAUGGCCAGCCCUUCCCACCAAAAUUGACACUGCAUUCCAGGACCCCACCAGCAAGAACAUUUUUUUCUUCUCAGGUCGCAAGUUCUGGCAGUACACAGGAAAGUCUGUUUUAGGCCCUCGCAGCAUUGAGAAGUUGGGUCUGAGUAAGGAUGUGGAAGGCAUCAUGGGAUCUUUUGCUCGAGAUAAUGGAAAGGCCCUGUUAUUCAAUGGGGAGCGAUACUGGAGGCUUAAUGUAAAGACACUGACUGUUGACAAGGGAUACCCACGACUAACAGAUGUAGACUAUGCUGGUGUUCCAAGCGACUCCCAUGAUGUUUUUCUGUACCAAGGGAAAUAUUACUUCUGUCAGGAUCGCUUCUUUUGGCGCAUGACAUCACGCAAGCAAGUGGACAGAGUUGGUUAUGUCAAAUAUGAUCUCUUGCACUGCCCGGAGCAUUAAAUGGAGAGCCAAAGAAGAGUAGGUGGCUGUGUCCAUGGCAGUUACCAUAUUUUUCGGGGAAAAGAGCACAUUAUUAUUCAGUAUUUGAGACUGAAGGUUUUAUGCUGUACUAGUUGUUGUUGUAUCAAUGAGCGUCAAGCAAAUUUGGUUAACUUGGUUGCCAACUAUGCUAUAAUUCCACUUAAUUUUGUACAGAUAAGGAACUGCCAGGGGAACUUGAAUUUCUACUGGUUCUAUUUCUAUGCAUGGUCCUAAAGCAUUUCACAAAGUAGCAUCUUCCAGUGCCUUAGUGGCUACCCACAUGAACUGUGUCAUAGUUUGCCUCUGUGAAGGUUUGCUAACCUGACAUCUUUGUGGCCCAGCUAACUAACCUACUGCAACCACAGGGCUGUGACAUCACUGCUGAUGACAUAGCCAAGCAUAUAUUCAGUUGCAGUCAUGAUAUAAUAGUGUAAAAAAGCAACACAUAACUGCCUCUAAGGGAAAUUCACAGGGCACACACCUAAAUAUUAUUAAGUGCUGAGAGGAUGAAUUAUUUUGCAAUCAUAUGUUGCAAUUCAGGACUCUCAGCUCUCAUGGACCCCACAGGGUUGUUUUCCCUCAUUGUCAAGCCCCUAACCUUCCCUGUAUUACUUUAGGCCACAAGGCAGAAACAAGUUCCCUAAGUAAGAGUCUUGAGAAAAAGUACCUGUUUGGAUUAACCAGUACACUUUACAGUCCUCUGGGCCUUAUAAGUACUCAUUGGCAUGGGCUGAUUACAAUGAUCAUGGCUCUGAAACAAAGUCUUCUGUGUGUACCUCGCCUGAAAGGAGAAUGGUCCUUAAGAUGGCCAUACACAUUAAAAUUAUGAUCUUUCCUGUGACCAUUGGUCAUUCAUACACUCCACUGACGUUCAGAGCUGAAUCGGCAAGUAUGGAGGUAGAAACAAUAGGAAUUCUACCUCUAUCUGACUAUUCAGCCCUAAAUAUAUGCUUUUGCUUGGGUGCUUUAACAGCCCGAUCGACGCAACGAUAGCCAAGGCUUUUGCGAUAUCAGUCGUCUCGUCCAUCCACUAUACAUGCACUGAAUAUUGUAUGAAACCUCGUUUUGUACAAUAAUAUUGGUGCGUGUAUGGCCAGCUAUAUACAGUUGGCGGAUGGUUGCCAGUCUUAAACACCUCCACAGAGUAGGAUGUCCACGUAACUUUUUGGUCUGCCUGGAGCAGACUGUGAAAUAUGAGUGAAAUGUGUAAACAUGAAGUGAAAGAAGGGGGGGGGGGGCUGUAUAGAGAUUACAAUAAUAUAUUGUUUUCUUAUCUAAUAAAUAUUAUUUCUCUCUAA